AUGAGAUUUGCUAGUGUCGUCCUCGGGGCGGUCGCCGUCACAUCGGCGGUCGCUGCACCAGCCACCGGCACGAGCAGCAAUGCCAAUGCUAUACAGAAGCGCAAGAGCAAGUUCUUGUUCACGGGCGUCAACGAGUCCGGGGCCGAGUUCGGCGAGGGCAACUACCCGGGCACACUCGGCACUGACUACACCUGGCCGGUCCAUUCCACUAUUGAUACUUUGACCGCAAAGGGAUUCAACACUUUCCGGAUACCAAUGUCCAUGUAUGCUAUCCACGACUUCAGGACAACGGAACGGAUCAUCCCAAACACCUUGACAGGUAGCAUCGACGAAGCAUACUACAACGGAUUAAAUGAUAUCGUCAGCUACAUCACAAGCAAAGGCGCAUACGCCGUCAUCUCCUCGCAGAACUUUGGGCGCUACUACGGCAAUGUGAUCACCGACACGGCCGGUUUCCAGGCCUACUGGAAGACCCUUGCCGCCCGGUUCGCAAGCAACAGCAAGGUCAUUUUCGACACCAACAACGAGUACCACGACAUGGACAACACCCUCGUUGCAAACCUCAACCAGGCUGCUAUCAAUGGCAUCCGCGCCGCUGGUGCUACCAGCCAAUACAUCUUCGUGGAGGGUAACUCCUACACGGGUGCUUGGGUUUGGGUCUCCUCCGGCUCAGGGGCUGCCAUGGCAUCCCUGACCGACCCCUCCAACAAGAUCAUAUACGAGAUGCACCAGUACCUCGACUCGGACGGCUCGGGCACGACCCCGAACUGCGUGUCGACCACCAUCGGGGCCGAGCGCCUCCAGGCCGCCACCCAGUGGCUCAAGCAGAACGGCAAGAAGGGCAUACUCGGCGAGACGGCCGGCGGCGCCAACAGCCAGUGCAUCACGGCCCUGACGGGCAUGCUGCAGUACAUGGAGGACAACAGCGACGUGUGGCAGGGCUGGCUGUGGUGGGGAGGCGGCCCGUGGUGGGGGGACUACAUGUUCUCGAUGGAGCCGCCGAGCGGGACUGCGUACACGUCAGUCCUCCCGAGCAUCUCGCAGUUCAUCUGA